CACAGGGGGCGGGGGCGGAGCUUGCCGCCGGCGGAGGGCGGGGCCUGCGCGGGGACUUCCCUUGGGCUGAGCUGCGCAGCGGGGUUUUGGCCAAAUUGGGCGAGGGCACAAAAUAACCACUUACCCCUUCUCACCGAGGAAGAACGGGAGAAAGGGUAUGGCACAGUCUCAAGGCUGGGUGAAAAGAUACUUCAAGGCCUUUUGUAAAGGCUUCUUUGUGGCGGUGCCCGUGGCAGUAACUUUCCUGGAUCAGGUUGCCUGCGUGGCAAGAGUGGAAGGAGCAUCAAUGCAGCCUUCUUUGAAUCCCGGGGGGAGCCAAUCGUCUGAUGUGGUGCUUUUGAACCACUGGAAAGUGAGGAAUUUUGAAGUACAACGUGGUGACAUUGUGUCAUUAGUAAUUUUCUAAAUGAGCAAGAAAAGAUAUUUUGGAAGGUUCUGUGGACAUUCAAAGGUGAAAGGUGGUAAAUCUUUAUUUAAAAAAGUCUCUUCAAAAUAAAACCAUUGUCUCCAUAUUAAAUUAAUUUGUAAAAAUAUGUUUUCUAAGGCUUACCAAAGCUAACUACUGAUGAUAUGUUUUAUGCUGGAAAAAUGUGGCUACUUGCAACUCUUCAUUGUUUGUAUGAGUGAAAUCCUUCUAUUUUUUUCCCUCUAUUCUUUGGCCACGGAAAUUAAGACUAAGAACUUAAUUCUGCAAAUUAAGAAUAAUAACUUGGGAGUUCCCGUCGUGGCGCAGUGGUUAACGAAUCUGACUAGGAACCAUGAGGUUGCGGGUUCCAUCCCUGCCCUUGCUCAGUGGGUUAACGAUCUGGCGUUGCCGUGAGCUGUGGUGUAGGUCGCAGACGCGGCUCGGAUCCCACAUUGUUGUGGCUCUGGUGUAGGCUGGCAGCUACAGCUCCGAUUCGACCCCUAGCCUGGGAACCUCCAUAUGCCGCUGGAGCAGCCCCAGAAAUGGCAAAAAGACAAAAAAAAAAAAAAAAGAGUAAUAACUUAAUUCUGGUCACUUGCUAAUUUUUUUGGUUUGGGAAAAACUCUAGAAAUAGAUGAAGUGCCCAUAGUUUGAAUCAAAUGACCCUUAGAGGUUGUUGGUUUGGGUAUGGGCCCCUGUUCCAAAUCAAGCUAUAGGUCACUGGUCCUGUGACACAGCCUGAUUGAAAGUUGAUUAGACAGAUGUAGAGAAAGAGUUAACCUCUGAGAGAAUGCCAUGGAGUAGGAGAUGGCCAUGAAGGAUUAUGGAAAGCACAGAAUUUAUAAUGAAUCCAACUGUGGGUGCGGGUGAAGACAUUACAAGAGAAAGAGGAAAAUAUGUAGAAUGUGAAGAGUAGGAGUGUUCUGGAAGAAUCCAGGACAAAAUACAGUUUCUACUCCAGGGAGCAGGCAUAUGAGGACCAGCUGGACAGUAGUAUUAAUGCAGAAAAGCAGAAUCAAUGCCUGGGAGCACUAUGGGCUGGAACCUCGAAACUUCCCUACCUCCUUUCAUCGCCUGAUCUAUUCCUCACCUUUUUCAAAGCUCCUGGUUCUUCUAUCACAGAAAUUCCUCUUGUCGCUAGACAUUUGCUCACACUGGUCCUUCUUCUUCAAUUAAUCCCUGUUUCCCAUUCCCCUCUCCCCUUCACUGUCCCCACAUUCCCUUUGCGGCCAGCUCUUACUCAUUCAGCAAGUCUCACUCAAGAUUUCUUUUUUUCUGGGGUUCCCGUCGUGGUGCAGUGGAAACGAGUCCCACUGGGAACCAUGAGGAUGUGGGUUUCAUCCCUGGCCUCGCUCAGUGGGUUAAGGAUUUGGCGUUCCCGUGAAAUGUGGCGUAGGCUACAGAUGCGGCUCAGAUGCUGUGUUGCUGUGGUUGUGGGGUCGGCCAGCAGCUGUAGCUCCGAUUUGACCCCUAGCCUGGGAACCUCCAUAUGCCGCAAGUGCAGCCCUAAAAAAGCCAAAAAAAAAAAAAAAAAAAAAAAAAAAUUCUUUUUUCCAUGAAACCUUUGUUGACUCUCCAUUUUUUGCCUUUGUCCUUCUUAUGAUCUCUCAGUUGCCCCCUCUUCCUAUCUUAUCACACAAGUUCACAGCCUCAAAGGACUUCCUUUUUUCUACCAUAUGACCCAGUGUUGGGUCCUCAUUAUCUCAUUCAGAGCCUGAGACUUAGCCUCAAGGUGUGACUUUCUACUGCAUUUCUCCCUAUCCAGAAUUUUGGAUGCUUUUCAUAAAGUGAAGGAGAAAAUCAUAUCACCCUGCUCAAAAAUUAUCACUAAAGUUUUAAUUAGUACUUAAUUAAUUCUUACUUACUGAAGCCUACCGUUACAGACUUUCCAAACAAGAUUCCAGUCUCCUGUCCAACUCUUCUGACUGCUCCUACCCUGUGAGUGUCCUAUGAGGGCACCAAAUCAAACCAUUGGCUGCUUCCACUCUUUUCCUUCUCAGGUUCCCUGUGUAUUUCAUUCCCAUUUUCUGGCUUUCCUCCUCCCCCUCCCCAACCAAUUUUUUCAGCCAUCUUUUUCUUUUUUUUUUUUUUAGGGCUACAACCAGGGCAUAUGGAGGUUCCCAAGCUAGGGGUCGGAGCUGUAGUCACCAGCCUACACCACAGCCAUAGCAUCUCGGGAUCUGAGCUGCAUCUGCUACCUACACCACAGCUCAUGGCAACACCAGAUCCCUAACCCACUGAGCGAAGCCACGUAUUGAACCUGCAUCCUCAUAGAUGCUAGUCAGAUUCGGUUCCACUGAGCCACGAUGAGAACUUCUCAGCUAACUUUUAGGGUGCUCCUUCUUCCGUUCUGCCAUGAUCUGCUUUUCGGCAUUUUUGUUUUUGUUUACAUCACACGUUCAGUCUCACAUACACAAGGAAAUAGAAUAGAGCUUUAUCUAACACUACUCUUAAGCACGGUGAUUAAGAGAAUUGGUCAAGGAGCCAAACUGCUUGUGUUUUAACAGUUCUCUCUCUAUUUCCCUGUGGCCUCAGAGAUGCUGUGUAACCUCUUCUUGCCUUAGCGUUCUUAUCUCUAAGAAGGAAGAAAUUUGUGCCUACCUGACAGGGUUAUUGGCCAGAUUGAGUGAAUGAAUCCAUGUCAAACACAAAGACAGUAUCUGGCACAUAGUAGGUUCUUCAUAAAUAUUGUUAUUGUUAUAGAUUGUCUAAGUGAGAAACACUUUAUUGUAAUGGAGUGUUUUUUUCACAAGUCAUCAAAUACACAAAAGGAAAGAAAAGAAGGGAGCUCGUCACCAAUGACUAAAUUAUUUGAGUAAAGGUUUAGGGAAUUGGUAAAUUAAGGCAUUCUCUACUUCAUUUUGGGCUUGAGUAUUAAGGCAAUACCAUAGAACCAUUUUAAUCUAAUUUUGAACCAUUUCCUCCGGGGUUUUUAAGAGUUUCAUUAAAGAAAUCUCAAAGUAAAGAUGGCUACUUUUUUUUUAACACUGAAUUUUCAAGCUCCUUAGAGUAAAGGUAAGAUCUGUGCUUUUUUUUUUUUUUUUCAUUUGAGCUUUUGAUGUCUUUUCUCUCUUAUAUCACUUCCAUUAAUGAGAAAGCCUUCCAAAUCAUGGUUUAGCCUGUCUACUUAAUUGCGUUUCUCAAGAAUAACAGGCUGUUUUAUAAUAAUUGCCUGAAUGACUAGAUUAAAAACGAAGAUGAGAACAAGUUGAAGAAUUCACUUCAGUUUGAAAAUGUGACUUCCAGUUGACCCUCGAGAAAUGUGCUGUGCAAAAUGCAUUCGCCUCGACAGAAACACUGGUCUGUGUUAGUUUGUGUAGUUAGUAUUGAAGGUAUGCCUGCAGUGGGGCAAAUAGUCUCUAGCAAUAACCAAAUUCUCAGUGAAUUUGGAAUAGAGUGGCCUGAAACAGGGACUAUGGAUACCAUAGCAGGUGGCACAUUUCUUUUAUCUUCUCUGGUGAUGCGAAGUCAGUCUUUCUCCGUCACCUCACCUAAACCUUCCUUCUCCACAGCCCCUCUACCUCUGCCUCUAAGAUGCUCAAAAGCUGGGAUGACAUUCAUAUGGCACAGAUCACUUCAUUCUGGGUUGGGCAUCAUAACACAUUUGUCCAUCAGAGGUUUGGGGAGAGCAAAUGUCAGAAAUCUCAGUCAAUUUAUCUCAAGCUAAUAGUUCAAGGGAUGGAUUAAGAGAUUUGGAAUAUGGUUUAUUGAUGCAUGACACUGGCAGGCCCAGGAAAAACUGACCUUGGAAAUCAAAGUACUCAGAUGUUGGCAUCACAUAUCCCCCUUCUUCCUCUUUGUCCCAUUUUUCUCAGCUAUGCUUCUCUGUAUUUAUUUUUUCCUACAUGACGCAAGGUUUAGAGGGGCAUAUGGUGGCAAUUAUUUUCAGACAUAUAUUACUUUAGCUUAGUUACCCAGAAGGAAGACAGUCUUUUUCUCUCAUUGAACUCAUGAAAUUCCAGGGAACAACUCUGAAUUUGCUCUGGUCUUCUGGCCAACUGUUGGCUUAGACACUGUGAAUACAGGUUCAAAGAUGUGUAACUGGCUAGGUUCUUGGCAGAAUUCAAGUAUCAGGAUUGAGAACCUUAUCACGUGAAUUGAGAAUGGGAAACCCCCCAAGGAGAGAGCAGAAAAUGGGAAUGGCACUGGGCAGACACAAGUAGCAGGUGUCCCUUACUUUUCACAAACCUGACCUUGAUUAUCUUUCACUUUUGACACCAUUGCUCUUUUUUCACCUCAACCCUCUUUGUGUAAUAGUAAUAUUUUUUAUAGUUGGGUUUUAACAUCAUUUUAUUCAUCCAUUGAGUGUAUUAAAGCAUCUGUAUCUUUGUGAUGCAGGGUAAUACAUAAUUGGGGAACACAAGUUGCUUGCUUCUUAAAGGAAACUCCAUGAUGUAUUCUUUUAUAAUGCAUAAUUAACCUUCUAGAUGAGGGUUCUUAGACCACAUUCAUCAUUAUAAUUCCCUGGAAAUUUAAGAGACGGGAAGAGAGAGAGAGACCUGGUUUAGUAUAUCAAGUUGAAGACUGGGGGUAUGAAUGAUUAAGAUGAUUUAAUGAUUAUUCCAGUUCUGUUGACAAAGUAAAAAAAAAAAAGAAAGAAAGAAAGAAAGAAACAAGAACAGCAUUAAGCAGGAUUUCAGUCUUCUAACCUGGACUUUUGAACCUUCAAUCUUUUCUUUGUUUAGUCUCCAUUUUUAUGUCUCCUGGCAGGUGAGCAGGGUUUUCCCACUAGUGUUUUGUUGUAAGCCUAUCUACAUGUUUGUACUCUGGGCUUUUCCUUUACUGCUUCCAGACUUACCUGUCUGGUAUUCUUUCCCUCUCCAUAACUUGUUUGAGGCAAAUUCUGUCAAAGUAUCCCUAAGAACCAAAAAAAUACUAUACAAUGCAAUACGAUACAAUACAAUACCAUACAAUACAAUA